CACGGCCACUGGCAGCCACAGGCUGGCAACUCAGCCCCCCAAUGCUCCCCACAGGACUGCCACAACCCCCCGGGACAGCACAGCCUUUCUGCCACCAACCCUGAGGCACUGGGAAGCAUCUCAGGACAGCAUGUCCCAGGCCGGUGGCAGCCCCCGGGGAGAGGAUCCGGGGCCGUGUGUCGGGGCGCACUCGCGCCCCCCGAGCCGGGGCAGCCAGCGCGUCGAGUGCAUCAUCUGCUACUCCUCCUACGACCUGGGCGUGCGGCUGCCGCGGCGCCUCUACUGCGGCCACACCUUUUGCCAGGCCUGCCUGAAGCGCCUGGACGCCGUCACCAACGAGCAGCGCUGGAUCCCGUGCCCGCAGUGCCGCCAGAACACCCCCACGCCGCGCGGCGGGGUCACCAUGCUCGACCUCGACCUGGCCACCUUCCUGGCCGUCAAGGCUGACAGGGAGCAGCCGCGGGUGGCCGGCAGGGCCCUGCCCGCGCUGCCCGCCAAGGGCUCCUGCAAGGAGCCGGCGGUGACCCGGCAGCCGGCGGGGCUGUGCCCGGAGCCCGGGCCCCCGGCGCUGUUCCCCCGGCGCGGCUGCUGCCGCCUGUGCCUGUGCUGCGGGGUGACCGCGGCCCUGGAGAGCUGAGCCCCAGGGGCUGCCGGGCCAGCUGAGCUCCCGGCCCGGGACUGCUUUUGGGGACCUUUGCCAUGCCUCAGACCCACGUGUGGACUGCAGUGGUGGGGCUGUGCUGGCAGCCUUAGAAGGGCUUCAGCCUGGGCAGAGCUUUCCUGUCCAUCCUGUCCAUCCUGUUGGGAUUUGGGGUGCAGCAGUGGGGGAUGAAGCUGCUACCACCCCCUCAUCCUGCCCAUCUGGCCUGCUGACUACUCAGAAACCUGGUCCAGCUAUCACAGACGUUCCCUGGUCCCUGAGCACGGCCUGGCUCAUGCUCCAUUGCCCCGUGCACGUGGCUCUGCAGCAAGGACAGUGGCACCAAGCAUCCCCUAAGCACGGGACAGGGGCCUGGCACAGCGAUCUGUGGGAUUCAUCCAGCACCUUGAGAGUUCCACAUCCA